AUGUUAUUUCGAAAAACAAUACCGGUAUUAAUUCAGAAAAUAAAACCAAUUAUAUCUGAUUUAAUGUUUUUCCGUCAAUUUUUUCGUUGUAUGGAUAAUAAGAAGAACAAAGAAGAAUUUUCAAUUCCAUUAUGGGAAUAUAAUAACCAAACAUAUUUAUGGUCACAAAAAUCACCUUAUCAAAAUAAAACAACGAUCGAAUGGAAAAAUUUUCGAGUUCUUACAUAUAAUAUUUGGUUUUCGAAAAAUUAUCAACCAAUGCGUUUUAAUGGCCUUUGUGAUAUAUUAAAUAAAUCUCAAGCACAAAUAAUUGGUUUACAAGAAAUGACGAAAAAUAUUCUUCAACAACUUGUUGCACAACCAUUUGUUCAAGAACGAUACUAUGUAUCCGAUAUUGAUGGUCGUACAUUCAAUGAUUGGUAUGGUGUUGUAUUAUUAAUUGAUAAUCGUCUUAAUAUUUCUAACUUAAAUUUGAUUAAUUUUCCACAAUCGAUAAUGGGUCGUCGUUUAAUAUUUGCAGAGAUUAAAUUAGAUCAAAAUGAAAUAUUACGUAUUGGUACUGUUCAUUUAGAAUCUCUAGAUAAUAAACAACAACGAUUAUGUCAAUUAGAUAUUUGUCAAAAAGCAUUAACUCAUUCUUCAGGUAGUUCUAUUUUAAUGGGAGAUUUCAAUUUUUCUGCCGACGAUCAAGAAAAUGUCGAUCAAUUUAAUAAAUUGCCACAAUGGAUUGAUGUUUGGACGUCCUUAAUGGGUUCUCAUAAUCAUGGUUUUACAUUUGAUACAGAAACGAAUUUAAUGAUAAAAUCUUAUUGUACAAAACCAGAACGAGCAAGAUAUGAUCGAAUUAUUUUACAUAGUCAAACAAUAAUUCCUGUUCAAAUUAAUAUUUUAGGAGAUCAACCUGUUGCUAAUGAAGAACAAUUUCAAAUAUUUUCGUCAGAUCAUUUUGGUUUGACAGCAGUUUUUCAAAAGAAAAAAAUUGAUUGA